GGAGUGGGGAUCACGAGCAGUCCCGUACAGAAGGCGUGCGUUGGUUGUCGUCGGCUGCUGCUGCGGCAGAAUCGUGUGUUGUGGUGGCAUGGCCCGGUAGCAAGGGCGGCCGGAAGCCACGAUGCUACAAUGUCGGGGGGCCAGCACGGGACACUACCAUGACCAACAGCUGGGAGGUUGCUUCCGGCAGCGGAUAUUGUUGUCACCUUGGCACCACGCGACGGGCCCGGCAAACGACACUGCUCACUGGACUCCUCUUCGAGCUCGUGCUGCUGAUGCUUGUCAGGCCAGCAGCUGGAGGACGAUCUGCCUUCACCAAUACCACUUCACUCUUAAAUGACCUCUUGUCGGAGGAAAACUACAAUAGGCAAAUACGGCCAGACUUCGGAGGCCCUCCCACAGUGAUAUUGACGGACCUCCUCAUCCGCAGCUUUGGCCCGAUAUCGGAGAAAGACAUGAUUUACUCCAUGGACUGCUACUUCCGUCAGUCCUGGUACGACCGCCGCCUGCAGUUCCAGAGCGACAUCAAACUUCUAGCCGUCAGCUGGCAGUUCCUGGAGCGUGUCUGGACACCGGACACGUACUUCUUCAACGGCAAGGAGUCCUACCUGCACAAGGUCACAGUGCCCAACAAAUUUGUCCGUUUAGGUUACGAUGGACACCUCAUGUAUUCUAUGAGGCUCACAAUCAAAGCCAGCUGCAUAAUGCAUCUUCGAAAAUAUCCUCUGGACUCUCAAGCAUGUCCCCUGGAGAUCGGAAGUUUCGCGUACUCGUCGAAAGACGUGGUGUUCAAGUGGAAAGGUGUGAAAGCCGUCGAUAUCUCCAAAGACGUGACCUUGUCACAGUACGAGAUUCUGAAGAUCACCACAGCCAAUGUUACCUCUUACGGACCUGGAGGCGAAGUCCGUUCGUCCCUGAUGGCCAGAUUCAUCUUGCGUCGGCGCCGCGGGUAUUUUAUCCUUCAGAUCUACGCUCCCUGCUCCAUGAUAGUGGGAGCAUCCUGGGUCGCCUUCUGGAUUAACCGCAACGACGCCGCGGGAAGGGUCGCAGUCGGGGCGACGACUGUGCUCACUCUCGUCACGAUGGGCUUUGGCGGCCGGGCAGCCUUGCCUGGUGUGAAUUACGCCACGGCCCUCGAUUGGUUCGUCAUCAUGUGCUUCACCUUUGUGUUCACAGCCCUGGUAGAAUACGCAUGCGUCAACUACGUCGAGCGAUUCCUGCAGCACCGAGAGAGGGCGAAACUAGCCAAGUUAGCCAAGCAGGAGCAGAGGCAGGACCACAACAAGGAACUGAAAGACUCCGACCCUCAGAACACAGACGGCGAAAACGUUCGACUUCGCCUUGAAGCGGCGGAAGAAGAGCAGCACCGUCGCCGUAGCAAAGUUUACAGCUUCUGGGAGCAGAUACUCGGAUUCCAAUGGCGACGAAGGCGGCGGCUCUCGUCUCAAUACCGGACGUGUGUAAACAACGAGGACGCCAUGACACCCAGCGAGGUCUCCGCCGAAGUAGACGCCUGGGCUCGCAUCAUCUUCCCCGUCACUUUCACCGUUCUUAAAAUCAUGUACUGGACUAUGUUUCUCUACUUCAUAGACGACGAAAUUCCCGAAGAUCCCCCAACCCACGCGUAGUAGUGGGCCUCAUC